GCGGGAGCCCUGUGGAGCCAGUACUGGACCCUGCUAUGGGCAGCCUGUGCUCAGCGUCUGGACCUCAGUCUCGGACCCUGGAGGGACCCCGGAGCAGCGGCACCGACACCGCCGCCGAGUCGGGCGUCCCUGCCCCAGGAGUGUGAGCAGGAGCUGGCUUCUCUGUGUCACAGCCUGUUUCAUCAGUCUCUUAUCCCGAGCUGGGACCAAGUCUUCUGCCAAGCCCUGGGGUCUGCUGGUGACCAGAGCCGCCUUUCCUCAUCCUCUCAUACCACCGCACUUCUGCAGCAGCUCUUCCCUCCUCUCUUGGAUGCCCUUGGAGAGCCCAAGGCAGGGCUGCUCCUCUGUCAGCCUCCAGGCCCUGUACCCCUUGCCCUGGGGCUCAGCACCUUGCAGACAACCUUGCUCUGGUUUUGGGGCAGAGCUCAGCAGCAUCUGGCAGCAUGGGCCCCAGGUUCCUUCCUGCCCCUGAUCCAGAAGGACUUACCUCCUCUGUUACAUCAGGCAGAAGUUCUCUCUAGCCUGGCCUCAGAGGACAGCCUGGCCCUGGAGGUGGAGCAGCAGCUGGGCCUGGAAAUCCGGAAGCUGACAAUACAGAUCCAGCUCCUGCCUGAAGAGUCACUGAGUCUCUUUUUUCAACAAUGCUAUAAACAGGCUACACAGGGCUUCAAACUUCACAUGCCACGGGGUCGGUACUGGCGGCAUCGUCUUUGUCCUGAACUUCCCAGCGUUCCUAGUGAGUAUGCUGGGUUGGUGGUCCGCACUGUACUGGAGCCUGUAUUGCAAGGAUUGCAGGGUUUGCUACCUCCAGCCCAGGCCCCUGCCCUUGUCCAGGCAUUGACAGCCAUCCUGAGUGCCUGGCUUGACCACAUCCUCACCCAUGGGAUCCGGUUCAGCCUGCAGGGGACACUGCAGCUUAGACAAGAUUUUGGAGUGGUCCGAGAGCUGUUGGAAGAACUCAUGCUCAACAUCUUUCAGCAGCUGGAUGGGGCCCUGCUGUGUCUAUUGCAGCAGCCCCUGCCCAAGACUCAAGUCCACAGAAGGCCUCCUUGUUGCUGUGCAUGUAAGGAGGUCCAAACCUCGGAAUUACCCAGCAGCAGCCUCAACAGCCUGGAGAGCUUGGAGCCCCCUCUUCGGCCUGGAGCACCCCCAACACAGACAACUCAGCUGCUGAGCAUGCUUUGGGGUGGGGGACCUAGCCCCGAGGCUUACCUGGUGGGAAAUCAGCAGGCCUGGCUGGCCCUGAGGCAGCACCAGCACCGGCCCUGGUGGCAACUGCCUUUUCUUUCCUGCCUGGAGUCCAGUCCUGAACCCUAAGGCGUCUAAUCAGCAGUCAGGAAGCUGAUGCUCUGCUCUUCUGGCUGGGAAAGCCCAGACAUGGGAACUGCCUGUUAAAGAAGCCUGCUCCUGGAAGCUUGGAAGAAAACGUACGGCAGGACAAACUACACCGCCUGGGCGUACAAGCUGAGAAUCCAGCGUCACUCCAGUAUCUGGAAUCCAGAGUAAAUGGCAAUACCACAGCCUGGAGCCAGGAGGCUCAGGCCUAAUUCCCCAUCAGUGAAGACAGCUCGGGGCCAGACACUGGGAGGAGGGCCAUAGGGUUGUAUCCCAGAGGAACGGGAAUGAGAAAAAGCUGCAGGAAACAGAGAGCCUAGAUGCCACUUAAGUCCCCAGAGUCAGACCAAACAUAAAGUUAGUACAUCAGGAACCGGAGGUGAAACAGUCUGUAGCUGGAUCUGUCCCCAGGCUUGUAUUACCCUGUCCUCCCAUUCCUCGUUUCAGCCGUGGGGCCAUAUUGGGCUGCAGGACCUUCCCGUUUAAGCUUUGGUUACUCAGAGUUCAACAGGUUUAAUUUUCAAUGUCCUUGCCGUGGUGACGGUGUCCUCCUAAGGGACAGCACCUAAGAUGGUGUUGACAGGUGGGCACAGCAGGGAGCGGAAGGGGAACGCAGGGGCAGGGCUUUACACAGCCUUUGCUGUGGCACAACAGGGCUAUGAGUGGUGCUAGGAUUCGCUGACCGAUUACUUCGGGCCCCUCUGUCACCUGUGCCGAAAGCACCGCUCCUCGUCUGCGGCCCGGAAGCCCAGGCCGGCCGUCCCACGCGAUCCGCGAGGGGGAACCU